AUGAAACGAAAAUUUGAAGAUCAGCUUCAACAACCGAGUAGUAGUAGCAACGGAGGUUGUUGUGAUGAAUCCUCCUCCUCCUCCUCCUCCACCUUUCCACCAAGGAACAAACAUGUAAAAUUCUCCUCCUCCUCCUCUUCAACAAAUCAUCACGAUAACAUACAAACUCAUGAGGAAUCCAAACACACUCUUCAAUCCAUUCGCGAGGCUAAAUCUCUCCGAAUGAUCAAACAAUUAAAAGGCUUUGAACAAACAACAUCCAUUCUCGGACAAGUCAAUGAAACAGGAAGUGGAUUAGAAGGUGAAGAAGGAAAUUUAAAUGAAGAACGUUUUAUUGAUGAAGAAAAUAAUAACACAGUGAUGGAACCCUUUCACUUGGAAGCAGAACGAACAGAAGGAAUAUUUAAAGAUAAACAAACCAAAGAGGAAGAACAACGAAAAAAAAAAAGAAAAAAUUACAACAACGAGUAUUGGAUAAAGUAA